AGCCCACAAGAGUCAAGACCCACUCAACCCUAAACCUACCCCUCCUGCUCUCACCCACCAGUGGCCACCACAUGCAAUAGCUAGCAGCCGCUCACUCACUCCUCCCCCUCUAAUCUCCCUCGACGAAACCCACAACCUCAGGCAAUCUCCCUCCCCCGACUCUCGUCGGCCUCCGACCAGCCAAGAACACAGACACUCUCCAUCACUCCUCCUCUCUAAUCUCCCUUGCCGAAAACCCACCCAGGAGACUGGAGUCGCCGCAGCCCACAAUUGCCCACCACCUCCUCCUUCCCGACCAUGACCACCACCGCCGUCGACCUCACCAUCCAAUCCUUCUCCUCCACCAUCCCGUCCAUCCUCCUGAAACACCCUCCAUCACUCCUCUCCAUUUCGCCCCAUCCCCAGCUAGGGCCGCCGCCGCCGCAAUCUCCUCCGCCAUCAGCUCGUGCAUGGAGGAAGAGGAGGCGCCGACCAAGAGGAGGCGCCGCCGCCGCAAUCUCUUUCCCUAUCUUCUCCUCUCUGCAUGCCAAGGAAGAUCUGGACGACGGAGACGGCGAUGCUCACGACGGAGGCCGAAGACAGAUCGACAUACCAAGUGGGCAACUUGCUUGCCUCAUCAAAGAGAAGAAGAGGCAGAUGGAAGAAACAAGAAAGAGAAAGAAGAACAGAGAGGAGAAGAAGUAGGUGGAAGAAAGAUCGGGAAAGAAAUAGGGACGGUUCAGAAGUGGAAGAGGCAGAGACGACCCCUCUUCUCAAUUUCAUUGUUUUUAAUUUUUAAUUUUUAAUUUUUUUCAAACGUCAACGUUUUGGAAUGGAUGAAUGCCAAUCUGGUUUCCGAUUUAAAACCGGAUUGAACCCAGUCCGGUCACGGUUGAAACCGGAUGCCAUCCAAUCCCGUCUCCAGUUAUGGUAUUUGUCAAAACGGUCUUAAAAAACCGGAUCAAUCCGGUCCGGUUUUGACCGCACCGGAUCGUUUCCCACCCCUAGCUACAAUAUGUAGCCAGACGUUAUAUAUUUAGAGAAAGAUGUGCGAGUAGCACAAUUGGCAGAUGCGUAGCCUCCUCUCAACGCAGAUCGUGUUUCGUUUGAAUCCCUGCAGAGGUAUUUUUAAUAUAUUUCAUUUCACACAGGCACUAAUUAAUAAUUAUUAUAUUAGUAAAAAAAAAAUUUACUUGGCUCUUUAAUGGACACGUUCCAAGCUUAUAGUGAAAGUACACCUUUCAAUAAAGGACACAUUAAGUA